AUGGCACAUGAAAGAAAACACUAUUGCUUCAUCUUCUUCUUCCUCUUCCUUCUCAGUAUCGUGUUUGCCCCGCUGUCACGGGCAGACAACGAUACUCAAAUUCUUUUGCGGUUCAAGAACUCGUUGUCCGAUGCCGGCGCCUUACAAAAUUGGGACGAGUCAAUCAAUAUUUGCAGCUGGACCGGCUUGUUAUGCAAAGAUGACAAACUUCAUGGACUAAAGCUAGAAAACAUGGGAUUAAGUGGCACCAUUGACAUAGACAUUCUUUCCGAAUUGUCUAUUUUGAAUAGCUUUAGUGUGAUUAACAACAACUUUGAGGGUCCAAUGCCGGAGUUCAAGAAGCUUGAGAGGCUAAGGGGAUUGUUUCUUUCCAAUAACAAAUUCUCCGGCCAGAUUCACGACGAUGCAUUCGUCGGCAUGAGGAGGCUGAAGAGGGUAUUCUUGGCGGAAAACGAGUUCAGCGGCCAUAUUCCUAGCUCUCUUGCUCAAUUGCCAAGGCUUUUGGACGUGGACUUGCAUGGAAAUAGAUUUGAUGGUACCAUACCUGAAUUUGAGAAUAGCGAUUUUAGGGUUUUUGAUUUAUCAAACAAUCAAUUGGAGGGUUCAAUUCCAAAAAGCUUGAGCAAUGUGGAUCCAAGUGCAUUUGCUGGUAACAAAGGACUAUGUGGAAAACCUCUAAGCAACCCUUGCAGCAAUAAUGAACAACCCACCCCUCAAAAUGACAACAAAACUAACAAACAUCGCACACUAAUAAUUAUAAUUAUCAUAGUGGUAAUUGUGGUUAUCUUGGUUCUAAUCCUAGCACUCUUCAUAAUCAUAAAGCGCAGAAGAAAAGCCAAAAACCCUAAUCAGCUGAUGGCGACAUCCAUGGAGGCAAGGGCAUCCAUUGAGCCAAGUAUAUCAAUAGAAACAAAAUCCAUAGACAGUGUUGAAGAUGGUGGCGGCGGCCACGGAGGAGGAGGAGGAGGAGGAGAAGACUUUAACUUUGUGAGGGAAGAUAGAGAAGUUUUUGAUCUGCAAUACCUGCUGAGGGCCUCGGCCGAGGUACUCGGCAGUGGAAGCUUUGGAUCAACCUACAAAGCUAUGAUUCAUAGUGGUCAAGUUGUGGUGGUGAAGAGGUUCAAGAACAUGAACAAGCUUGGAAAACAAGAAUUCUUUGAGCACAUGAGAAGGCUUGGGAGGUUGACACACCCUAAUGUGCUCCCUCUUGUUGCAUUCUACUAUGGAAAAGAAGAGAAGCUUCUGGUCUAUGACUUUGUUCAAAAUGGGAGUUUGGCUAGUCAUCUUCAUGGUAAACGAAGUUUAGCGUUAGAUUGGCCAACUCGUUUGAAGAUCAUAAAAGGAGUAGCAAGAGGCUUGGCAUACUUAUACAAGGAAUUUCCAGACCAAAAACUGCCCCAUGGACACCUCAAAUCCUCAAAUGUUUUGUUAGAUCAUGCAUACAAGCCUCUUUUAACAGAAUACCAACUCGUGCCAGCAAUAAACAAAAGCCACGCCCAGCAAUUCAUGGCAGCGUUUAAGUCUCCCGAGGCAAGCCAGCACGACAGUCCUGGCGACAAGACUGACGUGUGGUGCCUCGGGAUCCUUAUACUGGAGUUGCUGACAGGAAGGUUUCCUGCAGAUUACGUGAGGCACGGAAAGGGUGCGAGCGAGGAACUAGAGACAUGGGUGAAAUCUAUUGUGAGUGGAGAGGUGAUUGAUAAGGACAUGGUUGGAGGAAGCAAUGGUCAAGGGGAGAUGUUGAAGAUGUUGAGGGUUGGGAUGGGGUGUUGUGAGUGGAAUGAGGGGAGUAGGUUGGAAUGGAAGGAAGCUUUAGCCAUGAUUGAGGAGGUGAAAGAGAAAGAUAACAUGGAAGAUGAAUCUUCUGGUUUUAGUGAGUGGGACUUGUCCUUUUAUUCGGAAACUCUUUAGGUUGUAUUUGGAUGGAGCAGAAUUAAAUGUGAGAAGUAAAAUGAGAUUUAAUAAG